CUACAGACGCGACAGUUGAAGUGCUGCAAGACCUUGUAGGCGGUCGCAGAUGCAUCUGCUGCAAUUCGGAUUUCGAAAGUAACGAUCAACCGAUGGAGCACAGCGUUCCCUGUAAAAAGACAUCUAGGACGCCUCCUGUAGUAUCCGGUGCACGUGAUACUGAUAAUGAGUCAGAUAGCGGAUUACUAUCUGGUUUUGGAAAGAGUUGCAUUAUUUGCGGUGUUGCCUUCAAAUCCUGGACUCGACUCCGGAGGCACAUGACAUCACACGACCCGGCUCCCCAUGAUACGAAGUGGUUCAGCCGCUGUCGCUUAGCGAACGGCACCAUCCGGUGUCGUAUCUGCGGCAAGAUCCAAAGAAGCAUGCUCCGUCUUCGCUACCACUACUCCAGCCACGUGAAUGGUCAGAUCUUCAGUUGUCCAAGGUGUCCAAGUGCCUACAAGACAAGCCGAGAUGUCGUUAACCACUUCAGGAAAGUCCACGUUCCGACAUAUAAAUGCAGUCAGUGCACCUUCGUGACUGCCUACUACAAAGUUUUACGCAGCCACGAAUUAAAGCAUGCCGGAAUUACCCCUAAAGAACGCUGUGAAGCUUGCUUCAGGGUCUUCGCAAAGUAUGCACUUCUACUUCACUAUUACCAACAUACGGGCGAGAAACCCCAUCCGUGCCGGCAGUGCGACUCCGGCUUUGUGACCGUCUCGAGGCUAAAGCGCCAUGUCCGAGAAGUACAUGGGAGCGAAAAAUGUACGUCUGACGAUACGGGACCGAAGAGACGUCGAGUGCAGGCACAUACAGAGGCUGUUGGUGACGACGGUCUACCAGGAUUGGAUAAUCGAUGCGUCGUCUGUGGCGAGACAUUCGCCCUGUGGAAUUUACUGCGGACGCACAUGGCAACACACGAUCCGGCUCCACAGGAUUCGAGGUUGUUGGAUAAUUGCCGCUUGGAGGACGGGACCUUCCAGUGCCUUGUCUGCGGCAAAUUUCAAGCAUCCAUGGCUCAUCUUCGCAGUCAUUACGCGUGUCACACAAACGCUCGCAUCUUCACUUGUCCAAAGUGUCCUAGUGCUCAGAAGACAAGCCAGCAUUUCAUCGAGCACUACAGAAGGGCCCACACUACGUUCGCUCAGACUUAUAAAUGUAAUCAGUGCAAAUACACGACUAUCUACUUGCAAAAUUUACACAAGCAUAAAUCAAAGCAUGCUGGUACAAACAAAGAACGAUGUGAAGCUUGCUUCAAAUUCAUCUCAAAGGAUAGGCUUUUAGUCCACUAUUACCGCCAUACGGGCGAGAAACCACAUGCGUGCCCACAGUGCAGCUCUGACUUUGUCACCACCUCAGAGCUAAAGCGCCAUAUCAGUCGCGCGCAUGGGAACGAGAAAAGUGCUUCUCAUCAUACGGGACUCAAGAGACUACGAGCGCAGGUACGCAAAGAGGCUUUUACAGACGACGGUCUACCUGGAUUGAAUAAUCAAUGCAUCGUCUGUGACGAAAAGUUUCCCCUGUGGAAUUUACUGCGGGUGCACAUGAGAACACACAAUCCUGUACCCCAUGACACGAGAUUGCUGACCGAUUGCCGCUUGCCGGACGGGACCAUCCAGUGCCUUGUCUGCGGUAAAAUUCAAGGAAGCAUGGCCGAACUUCGCACCCAUUAUGCGAAUCACACAAAUGCUCGCAUCUUCAAGUGUCCAAAGUGUCCGCUUGCCCUGAAGACAAGCUUCUGUUUCCUCACGCACUUCAGGGCAGCCCACACCACGCUGUCCCGCGUUUAUAAAUGUAAUCGGUGCGACUUUAAGACUAUAUACCGCACUUCUAUUCGUAGUCAUCAGUUAAAGCAUUCCCGAAUCUUCCAAAGGGAACGGUGUGAAGUAUGCUUCGGGUUCUUCACAAAGCUGUCGCUUUUACGUCACUAUUACCAGCAUACGGACGAAAAACCGCACGCAUGCCAGCAGUGCAGUUCCCGCUUCAUCGUCGCCUCACAACUAAAAAACCACGUCAAGAAUGUACAUAAGACUAGGACACUUGCUUCUCACCAUGGGAAACCCAAGAGGCGUGCACCGGCGGUACGUGGAGAGUUUCUUCCAAGCACCGGUCUUCCGGGCUUGAAUAACCGAUGUAUCGUCUGUGGUAAGAAGUUCCUCCUGUGGCAUUUACUGCGGACGCAUAUGCGGAUACACGAUCCUGUACCCCAGGAUUUGAGAUGGUUCGACGAUUGCCGCUUGGCAGACGGGACCAUCCAGUGUCUCGUCUGCGGUAAAGCCCAAAAAAACAUGGGCGUUCUCCGCCGCCAUUACUCCGUCCACACGACUGCUCUCAUCUUCAAUUGUCCAGACUGUCCACGUGCCUACAAGAAUAGCACAGAGUUUCUUACUCACUUCAGGAGAGCCCACACUCCGCUCGCCCGUGUCUAUCAAUGUGGUCAGUGCGACUUCAAGACCAUCUAUAGCGGAAUAUAUCAUGGGCACGUGGAAGAACAUGCUGGCAUUCCCCUAAGAGAACGGUGCGAAGUUUGCUUCAGAGUUCUUUUCAAGGACUCGCUUUUAAAUCACUAUUACCGACAUACGGGCGAGAAACCGUAUUCGUGCCGAAAGUGCAACGGUCGCUUCAUCACGGCCGCACAGCUGAGAGACCAUGUCAGACGCAUUCAUGAGGGAGGAAAACGCUCUUCUGAUCAUACUGGGCGCAAGAGACGCCGAGCUCAGCGUCGCAAGCGAGUUGGCGAACCAGAGUUCCGGUCUGGUACAGCUCGCACCGCCUGAGAAAGCGGGAAGGCAGCCACCCCGGCAGCCCCUAGCAGAAAACAACGCGUUCACGACGAUGAUCACCCUUCUAACUGGAAUGAUAUGACCCAAACACCGCCCGCUUUUGUUUCUUCUAAGCAGCACCAGGAUCCGCAAGCCGGAACGACGUUCAAGUUAACACUGAUGCGAGCUGUACGACUGAAAUAACGACUGUAAUGGGGUGUAGAGCUGUAAUCUGAAUUUCGAUACACGAUUGCUUGAACCAUCAGUGCUCUCGUGUUGCAAUGUUUGUCUCAAUUGCGCUCGUAGCUUUUCUUUCUUGUGUUCUUUUUUUCCUUUAGAAAAUUAAAAUUGCGGGCAACAUUGUGUUGGCCACAUAGGGUCAGCAGCAGCAGCAAGCCAGUGGGGAUCAUAGGUGGGGAACUAGUUGGGAACACGAUUGCUUCACACUUGGAGUUUAUUUUGCACCGGACGUCGGCCUCCAUUCAUUAGCAAAUUAAAAGUAUGUUACAGCUU